AUGUUCACUCUUCGUCAAUCCCUGGCAGCUCUUGCAGCCGUCGUCGCUGCUCCUCUGGCCUCGGCUAUUCCUAUCACCACAUUCUCGCGUAUCGGUGUUUCGUCGAACGGCAUGGAUAUCCUGGACCUUCAGGUUCAUGCAGCAAUGUCGCCUGGACACUUGACGGAUAACACAACAAUGAGCUUUGUGGUAGACACUCAUUCGUCUAAGAUCACCUGUGAGGGCUCUUGGGCACCCGAGGGACCUUUCCCAGAAGGCGAAUACAUGCCUUGCAAAAACAGCACUCUGGGCUGGAACUUCAAGGAAGACACAUACAAGAGCAUGGGCCAGUUCACUCUGCAACUGGAAUACACCUACACCGACGACUCUAUUGGUCAAGCUCCCUACAACGUAGUCACCGAAUUCAGUCACGCAAACAUCACAGACACCAACACCGACUGCUCGGAGAAGUCAAUGAGCUGCCAGCAGUGCACCAACAGCACAAUCACCGCCAUUGUGUGGGCUUCUAUCGCCUAA